AUGAGCUCGACAACAAUCACCAAAACCGUCAACACGACGCACGAUACUCUGCUCAAGUAUGAUCAAGAGCGGCAAAAGCGUCUCCGAUCCGAUGGGCUCGGCCAAUACGUCGACAUUGAGAAAUCCGAAACACUGCAGCACUACGCCGAGGAUCCCUGGAUAACUGAUGGCCACGUCCCGAACUCAUUGCCAGCCGAGGAUGGCACAACGGCCAAGGCUGUCCUCAUUGGCGCUGGCUAUGGUGCACUCCUUUUUGCUGUUCGAUUGAUCGAGAUUGCCGGAUUCAAACCGGAGGAAAUCAUCCUCGUCGACAAUGCCGGCGGUUUUGGAGGGACCUGGUACUGGAACCAAUACCCUGGUCUUAUGUGCGACGUCGAGAGCGCUUGCUACAUGCCGUUGCUGGAGGAGACAGGAUACGUCCCCAAGCACCGAUAUUCAUACGGUUCGGAACUGCGGCAAUAUGCCGAGCUGGUAGCAUCAAAAUGGAAGCUCGAUAAUAGGGCUAUCUUUGCUGCUCGCGUCACGGAUGCAUCGUGGGACGCCGAGACUAGCCAAUGGACGUCCACUGUCACGCAGAGGGCAAUCAACGGCCAAGCUCAACGGACAUUCAAGAUCCAUUCCGACUUCUUCGUGCUUACUGCUGGUCUUUUCACACGUCCAAAAAUGCCCAAGGUGCCGGGAUUGAGCGACUUUCAGGGCGAGUCUUUCCACACUUCCCGUUGGAACUACGACGUGACGGGUGGCUCUCCAACCGAUCUGGCCUUGUCAAAACUCAAGGACAAGAGAGUUGCCGUUUUGGGCACGGGUGCCACCGCUGUCCAGGUUGUUCCUGAAGUCGCCAAAUGGGCAAAGAAGCUCUACGUCGUACAGCGGACACCUGCAAGUGUCGACUUCCGUGGUCAGAGACCUGUAAACGAGGAAGAAUUCCGCUCCAAGAUCUCGCAUGAGCCCGGCUGGCAGAAGCGGCGACGCGAAAACAUGACGGCUCAUGUCAGUAACAUCCCCAUGGAACGAGACAUGGUCCAAGACGGCUGGACAACAUUCCCGUCAUUCUCUGCACUUGUCGGCGGACCAAACGCCAGCGGACUGUCCGAACAGACGCUACCAUCCUAUAUUGCUUCCCUCCAUACUCUGGAUCUUCCUCGUUCCAACCGCGUCCGCGAGCGAGUUUCCCAAGUAGUCAAGGACGAAGCCACUGCUGAGAGCCUCAAAGCCUGGUAUGCUGGGUGGUGCAAGCGCCCGGGCUUCCACGAUGACUACCUCGCCGCCUUCAACAACCCCAACGUUGAGCUCAUUGACACCGCCGGUGCGGGGAUACAACGCAUGACAAAAGCUGGCUUCGUGGCGAGCGGAGCCGAAUACCCUGUCGAUAUCUUCAUCUUCAGCACAGGCUACCAGCCAUUCCGCGACGGCACUGCAGCUUCACGGGCUGAAAUGAGCAUCACAGGUUGCAACGGUCUGACAUUCGACCAGAAGUGGGGGAGAGCUGUCGGCACUCUGCAUGGCAUACUCACGAGAGACUUCCCCAAUCUCAUUCUCCCAGGGAGUGGAGGUCAGGGAGGAGUUACCAUCAAUGUUGUGCAUACCCUAGACACGAUUGCGACUCACGUUGCAUCAGUUAUAUCUGCAGCAUCCAGCAAGAACGAUGGAAAGAAGGUUAUCCUCCAGCCGACCCAGCAGGGGGAAGAAGAAUGGUCCAUGAGAAUCGCCUGUGACGCGAGGUUCAUCACGCUUAUGGCUGAUUGUACGCCAGGCAUUAACAACAAAGAGGGGGCGGUAAGGGUUUUUGAAGGAACAGAGGAACAGAAGCUGCAUGUCGCCAGGGGCGCUAAUAUGGUUGGGGGACUCUUGUCAUACGCCAAGGCUAUUGAAGAAUGGAGAGAAAAGGGAGAUAUGGUAGGGCUGGAGAUUACCUACAAGUAG